ACAAGAAAACGUGGGGUUCACUAUUUGUGAUAACAAAAGACUGACAAACACUGUGACUGAUGCCGUUAAGUUUCAGCUCUAAAAGCAGUGGAAUCUGCUGAAACUUUUACGGAAGUGACGGUAUGUCAGUUGACGUCUUUCGCGGGAUUUGAUGCUAACCACUAAACCUGGAACACCACCUCCUUUAAGCUUAUAUUUACAGACUGAAAGAUGCCACCAAAGAAAAAGGCCAGAGUUACUAAAAGAACGGCAAAGUCAGAUAAAGAUGAGCGUGAAUCUGUUUCAACUGUGAAAGCAGCUGAUAAAACAGCUGGCCAUAAGAGAAAAGCUGUGAGUUCUGUUGAAACUGGAAAUAAUGGAACGUCAGAAUCAUCUGGUGCUCCUCAGUACUGUCACUGGUUGAUGAAGUCUGAGCCUGAGAGCCGUUUUGAGAAUGGGAUUGAUGUGAAGUUUGGGAUAGAAGAUCUGAAAGCUCUGCCUGAUCAGACUGACUGCUGGGAUGGUGUCCGCAACUACCAGGCACGCAAUUUCAUGAGGCAGAUGAAAGAAGGGCAGUUGGCUUUCUUCUACCACAGCAACUGCAAAGACCCGGGGAUAGCUGGAAUCAUGAAAAUUGUGAAGGAAGCAUACGUGGACCACACUCAGUUUGACAAGAAAGAUGUACAUUAUGAUGCGAGCAGCAAACCAGAAAACCCCAAGUGGAGCAUGGUAGAUGUUCAGUAUCAAAGGAUGAUGAAGCGUUUUCUUCCUUUGUCUGAACUUAAAAAGUACCACCUGGAGCAUCGCCCCAAAGGGGGGAUUUUAAAGGACAUGGCGCUCUUCACACGAGCAAGACUGUCUGUUCAACCACUCACUGCUGAGGAGUUUGACUUUAUCCUGAGUUUGGAGGACAAAGAGCCACUCUGAGGAUCUGGACUAAACAUCUACCAUAAACCCAGAGUAAAUUGUUUAUUAGGAAACAGUAGUGUUGUUUUUCUUUGUCAAUAAAAGUUAAUAGAUGUAUUUGUUAAA